AUGAAGAAGACACUUCUGCUCGUCUUCAUCCACGGCUUCAAAGGCUCCGACCACACGUUCCAUCAAUUCCCUCAAGAGCUGGUUAAACUCCUGUCGCAGGCGCUGCCCAAGAUUAAUGUCCUGAGCGUUCAGUACCCGCAGUAUGAGACACGCGGCGACCUGCGCGACUGCGUUGCCAAGUUCAAGGAAUGGCUUCAGAACAAGACUAUUGAUUUGGAGGUUGCCAAUCGGACUCCCUCGCCAACCGUAGAUCCAUCCGUCCAUAUUAUACUUGUUGGACAUUCCAUGGGCGGAAUCGUCGCGGCGGAGACUUUGCUCAGCAUCGCCCGCGACGAGCCAGUCCCAUCGUCCUAUGCGAACGACACGACCAACUCCACGACCGGCCAUUCGAGUCGAGCGAACGACGCAUCUGCCAGUCGACCUACGAACCUCGAGACACCCGAUCGAGAAGAGCGAGCUUCUUCAGCGCCACCUCGCGAGACAUCGAGACUAUUCUUCCCCUACAUCAAAGCCGUCCUUGCCUUCGACACGCCGUAUCUGGGAAUCAGCCCUGGGGUUCUGGCGCACGGCGCAGAAGAUCGGUACAAUCAAGGAACAGCCGCUUAUAAAGCAUGGGAUACUGCGAGCCAGAUGUUUGGCUGGAAUUCGCCCAAGAGCGGAGCUUCCACCCCAAUUGCCAAUGCGUCGAGCAAAGGUCUCCCAGCAGCAAAUGGUAGCAGUUCGUCAAGCAACUGGGGCAAAUACGCUCUGUAUGGAGGUGCAGCGGCUGCCAUUGCUGGUGUAGCCGGUGCGGCGUAUUUGAAUUGGAAUCAGAUCAAUCAAGGGCUCACUUGGGCUGGUAGUCACCUGGAAUUUGUUGGAUGUCUGGCCAGAGGUGCCGAGCUGCAAAAGCGAGUAGAGAAGAUCGUUGAUUUACAAAGGACCCACGGAACUGGGUUCGCGAACUUUUAUGGAGCUUUGGGAGAAAAAGUCACUGCGAAAACCAAGUAUGCCGGCAUCUUGGGAGAUGACAGAACGUUUUGUGUUGUGCCUACGGCGACUCGAAAGGCGGAGAGCCCGACUGGAACCAAGAGAGACAGACCUGUCGAGCAACCACCACCAGAUGCUAAAAAGCGCAAGACAGACGCUGGUCUUGAUGAUGAGGCAGCUCAAGCACAGCAAGUCCACGAUUUUGCUGAAGACACAUCCAAGAGCAAAGGUCAUUGGGUCAAGUGUGUCAAUCAGCUGGCUACUGAUGAGUUGAAAGCGCAUACAUCGAUGUUUGCUCCUGAAAGAAACGCGGACUACCCAUAUAUGAUUCCUCGCGCAAGGGAUCAGAUUGUCGAGUGGAUCGACACUGACUGGUAUGAGACUUCCCAUGUGCAGGAGGAACAACCACCGCCACAAGAAGAAGAAAGUACGACUGCCGGAGGUGAGACUGAAGAGCAGCCGUCGUGA